AUGUUCCCUUCUAACUUCAGUGCUGCUGCAGCACUGGUGAUUCUGCAGGACUGGUGUGGGUGCUUGGGUGUCAAUGUCCAGCGCUCCCUGCUUAUCCUGGGCAUCCCUGACGACUGUGGGGAAGAAGAAUUCCAGGAAGCUGUGCAGGCUGCCCUCAGGCCCCUGGGCAGGUACCGAGUGCUUGGCAGACUUUUCAGAAGGGAGAUUGGGGCAAAGGUCGCCUUGGUUGAGUUCACUGCCAAUUUAAAUCAAAGUUUGAUCCCCCAGCAAAUACCAAACAACAGGGGCCCCUGGACUGUGGUCUCCCUGCCUCGUGUCCCUGAUGUGGAGUUAGAGAGUGCCUUCAGUUUCCCUGCCCAGGCUCAGGGGCAAGCUUUGGAGAGGGCUUCAGGCAGGGCAGGAACUUCAGGUGGGGCAGGGGCUGCAGCUGGGGGAGACUUAGAGGCAGGAGCUGGGGGUGAGGCAGGAGGAAGAGCUGAGGAAGGAGCUGCAGGUGAGGCAAGAGUGUCUGAUGAGGAAGAAACAGAGGGUAAAGAAGGAGCAGGCGAAGAAGGAGGAGGGACUGCGGCUCCUGCCUCCUUCCUACAGGGGGAAGGAGUUGCAGAUGAGGAAGAGGCAGAAGAUGAAGGAGUUCCAGGGGAGCCAGAGGUUAUGUAUGAGGCAGGAGUUGUAGAUGAAGGAGGACAUUUAGAUGAGGGGCCUAUGAAUGAGGAAGAGGAUAUAGUUGAGGCAGGGCCUGUAAGAGUGUAUGAUGAGGAAGGAGCUGGAGGUGAUAUGGGGAUUGCAGGUGUUAUAGGAGCUAUAGGUUGGGCAGGAGUUGCAGGUGAGGUGGGGGCUGCAGGAGAAGGAGGAGUUUUAGAGGCAGAGGCAGGUGAAGAGGGGUCUGCAGGAGAUGAGGCAUCUGGGAGUUAUGACAGCUCUUCAGGGGAUGAUGGAUAUGUGGAUGAUGGAGGAGAGGUGGAUGGAGCAGGAGCUAUGGGUGAGGAGGAUGAGGCAGGAGCUAUAGGGGAAGCAAGAACAUCAGAUGAGGAGGGAGCUGCCGGUGACAUGGGAGUCGCAGGCUUUAUAGGAGCUGUAGGAUUGGCAGGAGCUGCAGGUGAGGGUGAGGAAGGGGCCUUUGACAUGGCAGCAGGGGCACAUGGGGCUGGAGCCUGGUCCCAGCAGUGGAGCCAAGACCUGCAGCCCAUCCUGGAAAACAUGGCCUACCAGGAGCUGAGACACUUCUCUGGGAUGGAAGAGCCUGGUUCUGGGGGUGAGUCUUUGGAGAGCUGGCUGGACCAUGCCAGUGAAAUGCUGCACCUGCCAAUCAUAGCUGACAGGCCGGGCGGGACCGAGGCCGGGGCGGGGCUUCGGUUUCAGUACCCCAGGCGUUGGCCCCAGCUCUGGAAACGCGCCUCCAGGCUCCAGGGCUCAGGCAAGCGCUUGCGGCUCCGUGGCGCUUCCUGCCACGCCGGGCCUGCUUGUUCCGCGCCAGCUCCACUUCUGCGAAGGCCCAGAGUCACCGUGGGCCGGGUGAGCGUGUGGAGGGAUGUGCAGCUCGAGUGA